AUGGGCAACUCACUGAGCGUAUUUUGUUCCUGGUUCCGCCGCAGGUUCCGGCUACACCACCGGCUACAUUCUCAUAUAAGCCUAUGUUGUUACUGCUUCGGACGCAGGUCCCUGCAACUCCAGUGUCAACGUUCUGGUCUAAGAGUAAGUUGUUCCUGCUCCCGCCGCAGCUCCCAGCCACGCCAUCACCAACUUUCUCUUCUAAGCAUAUUUCGUUCCUGGUUCCACCGCAUGUCCUGGCUAUGCCGUCAGCAACAUCCUCGUAUAAGCGUAUGUUGUUACUGCUUCAGCCGCAGGUCCCUGCAACUCCAGUGUCAACGUUUUGGUGUAAGAGUAAGUUGUUCCGGCUUCCCCAGCAGGUCCCAGCCAUGGCAUCCGCAACCUGCUCGUCUUGUCCGUGAGGCCCUCCCAGCUGGCCAGGCUCACCCUGUGGCUCCUGCACCUGUGCCUCCUGCACCUGUGCCUCCUGCACCUGUGCCUCCUGCACCUGUGCCGCCUGCCCCGGGAACCUUGGGCUGUUUCCGAUUCCUCUUCAACCCCCGGAAACAUGUUGGGCCUUCUUUUCCAGCCAGGCGGGACCGUGCCCCUGUGAGGCUGUGUCCUGUCCCUCAGAACACAGGCACCCCACUGAGGGUCCUGCCUUCUGUGGUCUGGAGCCCCCACUCAAGGAAGAAACCCGUGCUGUCUGCUCACAACUCCAUGAUGUUUGGACACCUCAGCCCCGUGAGGAUCCCUCGUCUCAGAGGCAGUUUUAACCUCCGACUUCCUUCAUUAGAUGAGCAGGUGAUCCCAGCCAGGCUCCCGAAGAUGGAGGUGAGGAAAGAAGAGCCCAAAGAAGCAACGCAGGUGAAAGACCAGGUAGAGACCCAGGGGCAGGAAGACAAUAAAAGGGGCCCCUGUAGCAAUGGGGAAGCAGCCUCCACCUCCAGGCCCCUGGAGACUCAGGGAAACCUCACUUCCUCCUGGUAUAAUCCCAGGCCCUUGGAGGGAAGUGUCCGUCUGAAGAGCUUGACAGAAAAGAACCAGACUGACAAGGCCCAGGUGCAUGCAGUGAGUUUCUACUCCAAGGGCCAUGGAGUCGCCAGUUCACACAGCCCUGCUGGAGGCAUCCUUCCCUUUGGGAAGCCUGACCCAGUUCCAACAGUGCUCCCUGCACCAGUUCCGGGCUGCUGCCUGUGGCCAGAGAAGGCGGCCUUGAAGGUGCUGGGUAAAGACCACCUGCCCAGCUCUCCAGGCUUGCUGAUGGUGGGGGAGGACAUGCAGCCCAGGGAUCCUGCAGCGCUUGCAUCAAGUAGCUCUUCUCCCCCCACAGCUGUCGGCCAUGGGUCCCGCAAAAGAAAGCUGUCAGGGUCACCGCUGCAGCUGCAACCGACCCCUCCCCUGACACUGAGGUGGGAUAGAGAUGAGGGGCCCCCACCGGCUAAGCUUCCCUGUCUGUCUCCUGAGGCACUGUUGGUGGGUCAGGCUUCCCAAAGAGAAGGACGCCUCCAGCAGGGCAACAUGCGUAAGAACAUGAGGGUGUUAAGUAGAACAUCAAAAUCCAGGAGACGAAAACAGCUGCUUAGGAGGAGAAAGAAGACACGGCAGGGCAGGCGUGGUGGCUCACGCCUGUAAUCCAGCACUUUGGGAGGCCCAGGCGGGCGGAUCAGGAGGUCAAGAGAUCGAGACCUGAGGAGCAUCUCUGCCUGGUCCCUGCACCAUCUGGGAAGUGAGGAGCGCCUCUGCCCAGCCGCCCCACAGUCUGGGAAGUGAGGAGCGCC